GUUUCUACAUAGCAACAAUAUAAAUCAUCUUGCUGGUGAAUCUGACCUGAGUUACUUUUUCGAGAUGGCUUCCUCUACUUCAGAAGAGGACAACACAGGUCCUUCUGUAAAUUCUAAUGAUAUGGAAGAGCGUAUAGCUGCUCGUCGUAUACGAAUAGCUAAACGGGCUGAAGCAGCAAGAAAAGCUCUUCUUGGUGAACCUGAUGAAGAAAAAGUGACCAAGGUCGAGGUCAGUAAAAGCCGCAAGCAGAUAGAAGACAGCCGUCAGCGGUUAACUAAGUUACGUCAAGAUGGUUUUGAGCUGGUUUCUAAUGUCAGGAUAGCUGGAGAUGCCAGGGAGGCCGUGAGAAGAACAGCUGAUGACGAGGCCAAACGCAUCAGGAAGGAGAAGUUGGAUAAUGAAGUGAAAGCAGCAGCAGAAAGAUUUGAAGAGAUUACAAAAAAAUGGAGUGCAGCCAUGCAGAAAGAGGUGCCCCAAGAUCUCCACGAGAUGCUGCUGCAACAGAAGAGGUCAUGUGACUCUAUGAAUGACGAGAAGAACAAAAUCAUCACAGAGCUGCAGCAGGUUUUGAAGACCAAAGACGACAUGUACGUGAAAGAUCUGAAGCAAAUGGCAGAAGGGAUUGACCUGAUCAUUGAGAGAAUGAACGAACAAGUCAACCACCUGGUGUCUGCACAGAGGGAGGAGUUAGAGGAGAUAGAGAGAGCUUUUGUUAUGGAGAGAAAUGAGCUUUUGGAACAGCAGAAAAAGAGAUGGGAAGAAAAGAUGGCACUGCGCCAACAGAAGGAGGAAGAGUACCUGGAGCUGAGGGCCAAACGUGUGGAGGAUCUGGAGAAUCAGCUGCAGCAGAUGAGGGUACAGGACGCAGAGGAGUACAAUAUGGUCAAAAUAAGACUGGAGACAGAUGUACAGAUCCUGGAACAACAGCUGCAACAAAUGCGCGCCACCUGCCAGUUGAACCAGGAGAAGUUGGAGUACAACUUCCAGGUGUUGAAGAAACGAGACGAUGAGAACACAAUCACGAAGUCACAACAAAAGAGGAAGAUUACCAGGCUCCAAGACAUCUUGAAUGCCUUAAAACAGAAGCUAGAGAAGCAGGAGAAGCUGUACAAGGACGACAACGUUCAGCUGACUGAUGAUUAUAAGAGGAUCACUACACAGUUCACUGAACUACAGAAAAAAUCUAAACAUUUUCUGGCAAUUGAUGCCAAAAAGUUUAGCGAUGUUUGGUGCAUGAACGAGGAGGAAUGCAAGGACCUGGUCAAAAGUGUUCUGGAUGCCGACAGGCUCAUACACGAGCAACAGUUGGGUCUGGAGUGGCAGAUUCCAGAUCUGAAGUUUCUAGAGAAUGUUGGUCCACUCGCCCCCAGAGCAUCGGAGCAGUUGACAGCUACUAAAAUAAUGCAUGACGUCAUGUCAGUCAACUCUGGACAGUCAGACCCAUCAACAGUUGAGUUCAACAUUCCACCAUCUGCUAUCUAUGAGAAAAUCUCAGCCCACACAAUCAAGCAGAUUUUAGAACUCUUGUGUGAUGAAGGGGGUUUCUUAGUAGAGCAGAAAUUAAACAAACUUCUACUUCCACUGGAGAAAGAUGAGCAGUCCCUUAUAAAGCUGGAUAACAUUUUUGCUGCUCUGGGAAUUGAGACAGAAGAGGAUAUUCAAAAGCUGACAACCUACUUUAUAAACAUCAAAGAGAAAGGUGAAGAAUCCAUUGAAAUCAGUAAAAGUGAAUCAGAUGGUGAUGUACAUGAGAGUGACAGCGUGGAAGAGGAGGUGAAACUUCUGACCAGCAAAAUUUCUGCCCACUCCACCAUCCCAAAUGAACUUGUGGAGCUGAUCCACCCUAACGAAGUUUUGAAAGCUUUACGGGCUUUUGUAGAGGAUGUCAGGAAGCUCUCCAAUAAAUUCACUAAAGGCAAGAUGCAGUUCCGCAUCACUGCCUUGAAGAACAGGGAUGACUCGGAGGACACGGACUACUGGACGAGGUACUCCUCUCUGCUCACCCAGAAAAAGGAAAGAUUAUGGGAUGCUUUGAUUGAGGCGCUGGAAAAAUAUCAUGAAGUUUUAAAUGGGCGCAGUGCUCUUCUGACUGACACAGAGAGUUUAAGGCAACAAAACUCUGAACUUAGGCUACUCAUGCACCAGUAUGUCAACUCAAAGGUGAACGCUGAGCUGCACAUUCCCCCAACCCAGGUUUUACAAAUGGAGUUGAACCAGUAAGGAAAUGUGGAUUUUAUAAAGUCAACUUCAAUCUGAAAUGUGGAUUUUAUAAAGUCAACUUCAAUCUGAAAUGUUGGAAUUUUUUAAUAUCUUAAGCAUCAAGUUCAGUCUGAAAUGUUAGUUUUUUACAAUUAUAUUAGACUUGGGUCAGAAACUUAAAAACAGUUUUCAACUGGACAUGUCUAAUGAUAUUUUGAACUACAGGAAAGUCUCCUACAUGUAGUCCUGUUUAUUUAUACACACACUGUACUGCAGUGAAUGGAUCCUUGAAAUCUGAUUGGCCUCCUGUUUGUUUUACUAUUGUUCUAAAAGCUAAAGAAAUAAAUACAGCCAAGUUUGUUGUCACAAGCAGACAAGAUGGCUGUUAGUCAUUGGCAAUACGAUGUAUGUAUUGUGAAUUAUCAAACAUAUUCUUGACAGAAAUUUAAUAUUAAAAAAUUUCUUAUUUUGUGAGGAUUUCGUGAUUUUGCUGUUAGUAAUUAUAUUUCAUAAUUACUUUUUGAACAACACAAAAAUGAAAAUAUGAAACAAAAUGUUUAUUAUCCUUUUAUACACAUACACAUUUUGAUAUUGUGAAUGUUUUAUACAAGAGUGGCAGAUGUGUGGACGUUUUUAAGUUCAAAUAAAUUUUUUGGGCAUGUGGUAGAUAAAGUAUCUGUGUUUUGUUAUGUAUAAAUGUAAUGAUUACAUUUCACAUAUACAAAUGUGAUAAUUACUUUUUCAAAUGUACUUAUUUAAUGAUUAUAUUUUCUCAAUUUAGUCCAGAGA